UUCAGUUGGAACAGCGCGCUCAGUUGGUUUGGACGUGUUCGCGGAGAGUACAAGGCCCGAAGAGCACGAAAAGUAUAAUCAAACAAAAGCAGUUCUCUCAGUGGCGGGUAUGAAAAUGAUCGGCAGCGACUACGUACUAGAAGCACAUAACAUUUUCCACACCACCGAGGUGGAUGGUGGUGGCUGCUUCAAUGGAGCCGGCAACUCGGCCCUGGUGCUCAAAGGCGUCAAUCUCACCGUGCACAGUGGCGAGGUGAUGGCCAUUCUGGGUUCGAAGGGGAGUGGCAAACGGGCACUCCUGGACGUUAUCUCAAGACGCGCCGAUGGAGCCACUCGUGGUCAAGUGUUGCUCAAUGGGUCACCACUCUCCAAGGCAUUGUUUCAACAGAGAUGCGGAUAUGUCACCCAGUCCUGCACCUUUGUUCCUGGUCUCACGGUGGCCCAGACUCUCCACUACACGCCAACCAUUUUAAGUGGUUAUUUGAAGAGUUCCAAGGUGAGACAAGUGCUGGCCGAUUUGGCCCUUUCCCAAGUGGCCCACAAGCGAGUGGAGUACCUAAACAUCAGCGAGGCGAGACGUCUGGCCAUCGGAAUCCAAUUGGUCAGAGAUCCUGUCAUGUUGCUGCUGGAUGAGCCCACUCAUGGUCUGGAUCCCUUAAGCGCCUAUCUGCUGAUAUCCAUUCUGUCCAACACGGCCAAGAAGACGGGAUGUGGAAUCCUGCUUUCUCUGGAGAAGCCGCGCUCCGAUGUGUUCCCCUUCCUGGAUCGUGCCCUGUUCCUCUGCCUGGGUGGAGUAGUUUACUCCGGCGGCACUCGAGCCAUGCUGGAGUACUUCCAUGGCAUUGGGUUUCCCUGUCCCCAGCUGGAGAAUCCCCUGAUGUACUAUCUCUGCCUGUCCACCGUGGAUCGUCGUAGUCGCGAUCGGUUCUUGGAGUCGAGCCAGCAGAUCGAGGCGUUGGUGGAGCGAUUCUCCCGGGAAACUCCCAUCUCGGAUGCCCCACUGAAUAACAUGGGAUCUGGCAAGGUGCCACUGGCUUAUGGAAAGCCCGGAGAGCUCAAAGUCUGGGUUAUGUUGUAUUUAAAACUACUGGCAUCAACCUUCUCUUGCGGCCUCGUGGGAAUGAAGACACUAUUCCUUCGUAUGCUACUUCUUCCUUUAGCGCUGAGUAUCCUUUGGGCAUUCUACACAGAUGUCGGGGAUGAUGCCCAUGGCUUCUUUACCAAGAACGGCAUGAUCCUUAAUAUAUUGGGGUUAUCUUACGCCUGCGGAAUCCUGACCACAAUAUCCCUAUUUCCCAUUUGGCGCAAGAAAUUUUCACAGGACACACCAGAGGGGCUUUACUCGGGAACUACUUUACUGAUUGCCUACAACUCCGUUUCCAUACCCUUCUCCGCGGUAUCCGCCGUAAUAGCCAGCUGUGUUGUUUAUCCCCUUCUGCUGGACGUGAAGUACAACAAUGGCAUCGUCUUUGCUUAUUUGUUUGUGGCUUUGUGGUCCAGUUUUGUGCUCGCCGAACAACUCACGAUUGCCUUCCUUUUGGUGGUCAAGGUUCCUUUCAAUGCUGCCAUUGCAGUGACCUAUGUGCUGGUGAUCAGUAUUGCCUUGGCCAGUGGAACUGUGCGAUCCUUCAAGGGACUCCAACCCUGGCUGCAGGACAAUACCAAGGGCACCCAUACCCGAUACGCAUCCUCAUUGCUGCACAGCAUCGCUUUUCAAUCGCGGAAACUCAACUGCACGCCCACUGCCUCUGUGAUCUGUCCCAAGCCAGCUGACUUUAUGCACGAGCGACUAGGAUUGCCGGAUCCUGAUGAAACCAUCGAUGUGGCCGCCUCUUGCGCAUUUGCUGUUGGCUUAGCCGCCUUUAACAUGCUGGUCUACUUAUUUCCCAUGCCACGAUGUGUGCGCCAGAAGUUCAAGGACUAAAGAUCUUCAAAUUUGCAGUGCAAAACUUUCCCUACGUUUUAUUU